GAGAGUGAAGCCAAAGAAGGCUAGUAGAUGACUGUAGUUGGGAGGAUCCGAGCACCACAGCUAAACAGACAGCAAAGAAGGCAGAAGAUGGAUGGAGGCAUGGCUCAGAGCUGCUGGCUCUUGGUCACACUCUCUCUGAAAGGUAUUCUUGCUGGUGACUGGUCAGUUCAUCUCCCCUCUGGUCCCAUCUGUGCUGUGAUUGGUUCUUCCAUAGAAAUCCCGUGUUCCUAUGACUACCCACAGACCUCCAAUGAAACCAGGGGAGAGGGGAGGCCCUCUGCUCAGGGUGGAGGAGGUGAAGGAGGACAAAAGUACAUGGUUUUGUCUGAGAUGUGGUGCCUUGAAGACAGCCGGUGUAUUACAGCAAGAUACGUGUACCACAGUGAUCACAUCUUCCCAGAUCCAUCCUACCAGAACAGGGUGCAGUACCUGGGAGGACCAGGAAGCAAGGUCUGCUCUCUGAGGAUUACUGAUCUAAGGCAGUCAGACAGCGGGACCUACGUGUUUUACCUCAUCACCAACCACUCCACAGAGAAGAUGCCAGAGCAGGCCGGCGUACAGCUCCUGGUGGCAGACUCCCCCAGUGCAGUCACAGCCUUAGCAAGUCCAUCCAGGGGCAUCACAGAGGGUGCAACCUUACGUUUGGCCUGCUGCAGCCCUGCAGAGCCACAGGCCAAUGUGAUUUGGUACAAGAGCACAAGUGACAGCGUAACACACACUGGACAGGUGUGGAAUAUUAGUAAAGUUACAUCAGAUGACUCUGGCAGCUACUACUGUCAGAUGCAAACUGGAGCCAAAGUGCAUAACUCAACCAUACUACCAGUUGAUGUGCAGUACGCUCCUCGAAACACAACCGUCUCAGUGUCACCUGCUGGACAGCUAGAUUACGACCUCCCCAUGAUUCUGACCUGCAGCAGUGAUGCUAACCCGCCCGUGCACACGUACAUCUGGUACCAGGGUGCAGCAUGUCUCAGUGACGCAGACAAAAGCUUUCAUCAAGGCAGACGAACCGUAGCUACACCCACAGGAAGCAGCCAGACAUCCAGCAGUGCCAACAUCACCACCAAGGAAUCUGGGCAGCACUGCUGUGUGGCACGAAACAGACAUGGAUCUCAGACUUCCAGUAUAAUGCUCAGAGGCUCCAGAGCUGUGAUCCCACCCCUCUCUGGAAAAAGAAAAGGGGUGAUUGCUGGAGUGUUCAUUGGAAUCCUUCUGGCUAUUGUAGUCAUAGCCAUCUGUGUCAUAAGGUGGAAACAGAAGUCAGCCAGACGUCAGUCAUACGUGCUCACUGCAACCGCGUCAGAACCUUAAAGAGUCAGUGAAAUCAGGCUUUAUUCUACCUAGAGUCUUACCCACAGUGCAGUACAUGCACCAACAACAGACCUCUGUACAUUUCUCUCUCUCUCACACACACACGGCUAAUAUUUUUCUUCAGCUCCUCCUGUGUGGUUACUAACAUCACUUACCCCAAAGUAAGACCACAUCACAUUAACUUUAAUUGAUUAUUACACUAUGGCUGAAAUCUAAGGUGGUAAUCAAAUUAUGACACCAGUUCCCACCAGCUGCGAGCGUGUGCAGCUCAUGUGAUAAACAUCAAUGUUCAUUCAAGCAAGCAGGAUGCGGCAGAUUUCAAAGCACUGACCUGAGCUUUUGUUUCAUUUUCAGAAAGAAGGGAACAAAUGGAGCACCGUCAGAAUGUAUUUCACCCGCUUGUGUUCCAUUAGUUUAAAUGCAUUUCUUCUUUAGGAUUAAGUCUAGUAAUGCAGUUGGGAAUAAAGUGAUGCAUCUCUAAGAAAAGGCUUUAUUCUAAAACAAAGAAGAUAGGAAACAAAUGUCACCCCUUCCCAUGACCUCAAAUUUAUUUAUUACUGUUUUUAAGUUUAUUUUAUUUGUAUUUGUAUUUUAUUAUUUUAUGUUAUUCGCUUCUGUUUGUUGGAGUGUUGCAGUAACAGAUGUGAAUUGAAAUAUCCUCCAUGGUUCAUUGCAUAAGUCGACUUCAGGCGACAUCCGGAGAUCUCGCUAACACUUCCUCACACAGGACUGUAACCACACAGCACAAAGUGCACCGGGUCCUGUACAAGCAAUGUCCAGAAGUAGAAAACAUUGAAGAAGUUAUUACUGAAGGCCUGCCAGUGAUGAUGACAGUGAAGAUGAUAACCCAAUUAAGUGCUGCUGGCAAGUCCAACUGGAUCCUGUUUGUGUGGCUUUGAGUAAACUCCUGAGAGCGAUAAGGCUUCAGCAGAUACUGAGCAGAGCAUGAGGAGAAGUGGGAGAGGAUGAAAACCAAGAGGACAGUGACUCUAACACCAGGACAGUCAUCUAAAAAGUGCACUAUUUUAGGAUUUUGCUUUUGUUUGAUUUGCCAUAUUAAAGUGAGAUGUGACGUGUAAAGUUAUUUCAAUAAACAAUAAAGUGUUUCAUUAACAACUA